AUGGCAGUAAGUACAGCACAUCCAAACAUUCCCAACCUCCCAAGCUAAGCGAAUAUAGUCCCCAUACUUUGAUAAGCGACGAUGCUCAUGCGAUGAAGGUGACCAGGCCAAUGUUGCUGCCGCCGCCGCUGCUGCUGCAACCACAGAGCAGCCUGCGGAAGUCCCCCAGGUCGAGGGCACUGGAGAGGCGGCCUCCUCUGCUGCAGUACCGGCUACAGAGCCUCGCGGUACUAGGCGCAGAGAGAUUAGUAACAGCGUAGUCGAGGGCAUGAGAGCACAGUUCAUUGAGGAUAGUCUCGAUGAUAACACUUUGCCCGGUUUUCCCUCCCCACAGAAGCUCGCAGAACAAAGCGAUACUUUCCUCGGCCAGCACUUCAGAUAUUGCAUGAAUGAUCUUGAGGCACGUACCAAUUCCCCUCGCGAACACUCAAUUGCAUUCUAACACGGGCAAUAGCAUCGAAAGAAUAUCAGCGGAGACUACAUCAUUGUCUACACCCGUCCCCUCGGCCAAUCCACAGGCGCACCAGAUGAUCCCUAUACCAAAGUCUACAAGCUGAACCCCAGCAUCCGCAAAAUCACCGUCUAUGGCGAGCACCGCGCUGCCACCGCCGACGACAACCCCCAAAACUGGGACCGCGCCGAAAUCUACCUGAAAGGCCAGAAGAACAUUCAAAACGUCCAGCACGCGCGGAUCCUCUUUGAUAAAAUCCACGAGCAGGACAACACCAUCGUCCAGUGCAGCGCCACCGCUAUGCAAGGCCGCGAGGACUACGAGACCAUCGAUUUGCUGGAUUGGAUUCUCCACCAGGGGAUCAAUAAUGACCAAACGCAUGUCUCCUUUGGUUUCAAGCUCCUCGGCUCUGACCCCUCUGCACCCACCGCGCCGCUCGGCUUGAACUUCAUUGAGAUCAAGUUGCCGUUCUUCAAUAUUGAGCUCGACACCUUUGAUACUCAGCUGAUCAUCGCGGCCAAGUUGCCCUCGCGUCGUGAUAUCUUUGAUUUGCCCAGUCGUGAGUUGUUUCGGCAGCCGGUUUAUUUGCCGCCUAACAAUGAGACUUAUAUUCUGGUCACCCUUCCGCCUAAGUAUCAGAUGUUGUUGCCCAAGCUUGCGCCUCGUCCUCCUCGACCGAAUGCUGGAGAGGCUUCGGGUAGCGGUAGUGGAGUGGGAAUGAUGCAGGGUUCUGGUGGGGGAGCUGCUGAGGGUGAGCUACUUGAGCCGCGCAAGUAUGAGCCUCCUAAGUAUCAAUGAAGAACGGUUGGUGGUGGACAUAAGAGUGACGAGAUUAAGAACAAGGAGGCUGAAGCUAUUGAGCAGAAGGAGCCUGCUGCUGCUGAGGGAGAAAAGGAGAAGUAUGUUUGGAAGACUGUCAACGCUAAGAAUGACAACGACGAAGGAAAGGGCAAGGGACCAGAGGCAGUAGUCGAUGAAGCCACAUCUAGCGCUACUGACGAAGGAAAGGACAAGGAACCGCCCAAGUACGUGUGGCAGACUGUCAAGAAGUCCGAGGACGAUACCACCGAGGAUCCCGAUACAAAGAUGGAGAUGUGA